AUGAGUAAGGCCUUGGACCGCAUCUCCCAAUCGCCUUUCACGUGUAGGAUAGAGAGGGCUGAGCUUUCUCGGCGGUUCCACCAACCAACCUUUGCCAUAUAUAAUAGCCGGAAGGACCCAGUAGAGCACAUAAGCCAGUUUAACCAGAAGAUGGCCGUCCAUUCCACGGAUGAGGCGUUGAUGUGCAAAGUGUUUCCGUCCAACUUGGGACCUAUGGCGAUGAGAUGGUUUGAUGGCCUUAAGCCAAACUCCAUAAAUUCCUUCAAGCAGCUGACACAGGCUUUUGGUUCCCGCUUCAUUACCAGCAGCAGAGUCCCUCGGCCCCUAGAUUCCCUCCUAUCCUUGUCCAUGCGAGAAGGAGAGACACUAAAGGCCUAUUCAGACAGGUACUGGGAAAUGUAUAAUGAGAUAGAGAGAAAUUACGAUAACAUCGCCAUUAGCACAUUCAAGAGGGGCCUGCCGAUAGAGCAUGGUUUAAGGAAGUCCCUGACAGGGAAACCGGUCACUAGCCUGCGCCAACUCAUGGACAGAAUCGACAAGUACAAGAGAGUCGAAGAAGACCAACAGACGGGAAAGCGCAAAGCGAAGGUUGUCCUUCAGGAGAGGAGGGACUUUAGGUCGGACUGCUUUAACAGCAGCAAUCGACCGAGAAGGGAUUACUCGGAGCAGUCUGGAUCCACAGGAGCACAGGCAGUCCAUGCUGUGUUUCGAGAACCAUUACAUAAGAUCCUAGAGAAAGUGAAGAACGAACCGUUCUUUCAAUGGCCAAGCAGGAUGGCAGGUGAUCCCGCGAAAUGUAACCAGAAUCUGUAUUGCAUGUAUCACUAA